CGUACGGUGAACAACUCUCCUUCGUGUGUGGCACUAUGUACAGUUAGACUGAUUCGUGUGAUCCUUGCAAGGGUAUUAUCGAAGAAGGGGUUGAAGAUUUUUUUUUGUGCCGACGGUUUGGUGGAUCGCUGAGAACGGAAAAUGACAUCUACUAACAACUUGGUGGCGUUGCAUUUGUCGUGUGUGUCCUGUAAUCGGGAUCAGUGAAUUAAUUUAGAUUUGAACGCUGCAAUCCCACAGGUGCAAGGUUGGUGUGGAAGAAAAGGGGGGAAAUACUGAUAAAGACGAUGCGCGCUUUCGUAUAAUCGAAGAAAGUUAUCAACCACCUCAUAACGAUUAAAAUAUUUAUAUUCUACCGAAGCUUAAGUGGUAUAUGCACGUGAGUUUUCGAAUGGUGAUUUAUACCGCCCGAAGUGCUAUCAAGAUAUAUGUGAAAUAAUUUGAUUCUUUUUCGCAAAAGCGCGGAAAAGUUAGAUUUGUGAAGAUCAAAAAGCUAUAAGAAAAGAGAAAAAUUAAGUGCAUGCAAAUAAAGUAUCAUGUGUACUGAGGAUGAAGAAUUCCUUGUAGGAAACCGCAAGCAAGUGAUUCUUGUAACCGAUACUGAUGGCAGAGUUAAACUCAAAUAAAAGUGCAUUAAGGUAAUUCAAACAUAGAAUAACGUGUUUACUCACUGGCUGAGUGAGAUGAAAUUUACAAUAAAUUUUACGUGGUGAGAAAAUUUGUGAUCGUGAACUCUACGCGAAGCAUACAUAAAUCGGAAACUGAAGAAUAUCCGUCGUCAUAACGUUGAUUUUGGGAACUCGGAAGAAACAACGAAUUAGUUUUUCGCCACACGCUUGGAGUUGCUGCAUUGGCUUAGAGUUGCAUAUGGAAGUGAGUGGUGAUGGUGAAAAAUAUUAUACAACAGAAGAUUACGAAUUUUGCAAAGGUUUGCCGUUAGAUUCCAAGUAUCAUUUCAAGUGGUGUUUAACAAAAUAUUUUUAUAUGUGUUUAUCAACCUGUUUGGAUAUAACUCCCGCGAUCUGGAUCGGUGGCUAUCUGUUCAGUAGCAAUUACGAAUGUGACAUUUUAAUAAUAAAAAAUAAAAAGGUACAAUGAGGCCAAAUAAAUACGAUGUUACCACAGCUUACCGUCUAUGCCAAGAUUUUGUGCCUCCUGAUGGUGGUGAUAAUUGCCGGAGCAACACCCGAUUACAUGUAUCUACAAUCGGACUGUUCAUCAAAGUUUGUUCGGAUAGUGGCAAAAAAUGGCACUGUCUUUGCCGACGACAACGGACAGAGUGGUCGCCCUCAAACUUUCACCAUAGAGCCAUUUUCUCUGCCGAAGAAAAAUUUAACUAUAGGAGUAGCUAUACGCUGCGAAGAAACCGAUAUGUACUUAUGCUUCGACAAAAACUGGAAAAUCAAAGGCAUGAAAAACAGAGGAAACAUCGUCAGCCGAUCACGUUGCCAUUUUUACGAAAAACUCGAGAGAGGAUACUUUCGGUACCAAUCGGUCAUCAAUCAGACAAAAUAUCUCGGUUUCGUCGGAAGCGGUAAACCAAUAAACUACAAAUUAAAGCGCGUAAUCAACGAAAAAUGUUACAAUUUUCAACGUACCAAUGCAUCUGGCCUGUUUUUCGAGAAUAAACACCAAAACACAGGUACGGUUGAAGUUCCACCACAUCCCCAUCGACACAAGCAUGGUUCGGGUGAUCAGAGACGAACACGUGGCAAAUUCCAUUCGCCGCAUCGAUCACAGAAUCUCGCCGAACAAGGACCUUCGUCUUCAUCACAGAAAGCGAUGCAAUCGCACACCUUAUCUGUGACUACCAGCGGUUCACGGUUCAUUGAUCAUCCGAUUCCAUCGCAUAGAACCACACAAAUGAGCAACGAUGUCCAUACCACUACCCAGAAACCAGCGAAAACUGUGCGGACAAAGAAGCAGGCAAAACCUUCCAAGCGUCCAGGAAAACUGAACAAAAAGGCUAUCAUGUACGGAACCGUUCAAUUUGGAGAAAACGGUAGACCACAGUAACGUUUUUGAAACAUGAUUAGUCUUUCGCGUUGUUUUCCUACAUUUAUCUCUCUGAACAUCUCAAUUAUCGUAUAUACGCUUGCAGAUUACUAGGGAUGGAUUGCUCUUGUAUUAAAAUGUUACAAAACCGGGAAAGCUUUAUUAGAAUUAAAUUUGAAACUAAGCGUCUAUACAUCCUAGAAGUUUAUUAAACAAGUAAUGAACGAUUGCCAAAAUAUUUUUCAUCUAUGUCUCUGCUACCAUAAAUCCUAAAGUAUUAUUCGUGAAAUGACUGACACAAAUAUCAAAUUACGAUAGACAGAAUAGGAGACAAUACGGCAAAAUGUUGUAAUUUAUUUGUUGCGGCGACCGAAGCGAGGAAAAUAAACAAACCACGGACAUUAGAAAUCGCUGAGAGCUUUUAGAUGCCUUAAUCGAUGUGUAGUUGUAAACGUUUAUAGGCAUAUAUUUCAAUCAACAAUUAUUGAAAAAAUCAGGUGUUAUCAAUAUAAAAUUUGUAACUGUAUACAUUAUGUAAUUGCACUGCAUGACAAAGUCUCGUUGCGUUUAUUUUUUUACCGCUCAGUGCAUUUUUCUUGCCAGAUCGAUCAAUGUUCAUUGCGUUCAACUGUCAUUGUUUUAAUUCACCUCAAAUACAUUCGCUUCCUUGUGCAACCGCAUUGAAAUCGUGGCGUUUUAUGUCCGAAGCCUUCAUUUCGCACUGAUAUUGAAAAAUACCUCUCAGAGCAUGAAUUGAUGAAUUGACAACAAUAAUCGCUACUAUUACAAGAAAAAAAAACGUGCACAAAAGAUGUGACUUAACGAGUAAACGCUAGUAUUUGUGUGCAUUUAUAGAAGCGUUUAGAACGCAAGGCAAGUCAGACCGCUAUUUACAUUACUAAGAUCAAUAUUACAAAACAACAAUAGAAACUAAAUUAUCCAGGAGACACGAACCCACUGUUAUGAAGUAAACAAAGAUAUUGAAACUAAACUAAUCUCAAAUAACGUAAGAAUCUCACUAAAAGCUCCAGACGACAACAAAAUAACAUAUAUCGAAAAAUUGUAUUGCUGCUAACGUGUAUCUUCAACGGCCGUAGAAAUUUUAGCAAAACAUAAAUUAUCGUAACAAUUUCAAAGCAUACGAAUCCCGGUAGGAAGUCGUUGAAUUGUGAAAGUAUUACAUACAUCUAGAGAGAGAACAAACGGAACGGAAACAAAUUCCAAGCCAUUCUCUAUAUCACGGCACUCUAAGAAGAAAACACUAUAGUACACAUGUUAUUUGCGUUAAUCAUGACUGCCAAAAAUACAUACAAAAUAAUCAAUACUCUCCUAUAGGUUUCCCGCAUUUAGUAAUUAUCUGAAAACUCUAAGAAAGCACAUACGCAUCACUGGUUCAUUUCUAUUCCGUUAUUAUGUUCAACAACAGCAACAACAACAACACUAGACUUCUUAUUUAAUCCUAUGGAGACAGACAGUUAUUUAAUUUUAACAUUCCAUUAUUUCUAGUGUUCUUUUUUCUGUAUAAAUGUUCUCGCGAAUUUUCAUUUGUAUGAUAAUAGGUAUCAUCUCAUCAUUCUAUUAUUUAAGCGUGUAGUGACAAAUCAGAAUCAGUGGAAUAGCCAGUUUUCUAAAUAGCUUCGUAUACAUUCUAAACAUUAUUCUAUGUUUCCUCAAGCAAAGAGCGCUUCUCAUAGUUUAGAGCAAAAAGCGAUUUCAGCGUGUGGUAAGCCAAUUAGAGGCAUCUCAUUCGUUUUGCUAGUAUUUUUCUGAAACGCAGCAGCUUCGAGGAAACGAACUGUAGAAAUUUGCAUUGUUAUAAAUGUACAUUAUUAUAAAGCUUCACUUAAACAUUAAAUUACGUUCUACUUGAAUAACAAUACUAUGGUUACUUUCAGUUUUAGCGGAUAAAAUUGAACAAAAUGACAAAAAUAUUAUUUAACCUAGAGAGAAUAUAAAAAAGUAACGAAAAAAAUAAUUCGUAGUUUUCCUUUAAUUUAUGACUACAUUUUAGUAUAACAAGAUUAUUUAACAAUAAAUUAUAAUAUAAAUGACAAUAA